CACACCUCCUAUGAGACAGUCCAGGCCCCAGCUCAUUGGCUGUGAAGUGCACAGGGCUUGGCCACCCCAGAGCUGAGCCUCAAACUUUCAGGACUUCCACCCUGAGCACCGCCUGACACUGAGAAGUUACAAUCAGACAUCAUGGCUGACAAAGAUGGAAUUAAACCCGUUGAAGAUGAUGUAGACGAUGAAACCGACCUGAACUAUAAGGCCCCGGAGAAGAAAUCUCUGCAGGAGAUCCAGGAACUGGACAAAGACGACGAAAGUCUCAUCAAAUACAAGCAGGCCUUGCUGGGGAACCUGCCGGCCGCAGUGGACCAUAGUGCCCCCAACGUGCAGGUGACGCAGAUGGCUUUGAUAUGCGAUGAAGCCCCCGCGCCCAUCACUAUGGACUUAACAGGCAACGUAGCUGCACUUAAGGAAUCGACCUUUGUAUUGAAAGAGGGUGUGUGCUACAAGGUUAAAAUUACCUUUAAGGUGAACAAGGACAUCGUUUCUGGGUUGAAAUAUAUACAGCACACCUUCCGGAAAGGAAUCAGAGUUGAUAAGGAAACGCACAUGGUGGGGAGUUAUGGACCUCGUGCUGAGACUUAUGAAUUCCAAACGCCACUAGAAGAAGCCCCCAAAGGAAUGAUGGUCCGGGGGAGCUACCACGUAAAAUCCUUAUUCACAGACGACGACAAAACCGAACACUUGGCCUGGGAGUGGAACCUCAAUAUAAAGAAGGAAUGGAAGGAAUAGAGGACAGGAGACCCUCCUCGGUGUAAUCAUAAUCUAAUUAGAGGGCGAAUGAUACCGCAUAUUAAAAAUUGUACAAGACAUAUCAUGGUUUCUACAUCUGUUUUCUAUAGUUACUUGUAGUUUCUAAGGAAAGAAUAUACAAACCUGUAAAGACAGUAUUUAAUAAAAAGAUCGAUCUUUAACAAAAAAAAAA